AUGGAUGUCGCCCCUGGUGCACAAAAUAAUGCGCCUCAGGCAAGUAGCAGCACCUCGGGCAAUGUAGGCGAAGAUACGAGAGUAUGGCUAUGGUAUAUGUCUGUUGGUGGCAAUGCAAAUCCACCUGAGUCUUUGCUACACAUUCCUCACGAUCGUAUGAGGCUCUACUCCCUCAAACCGCGCAAAUGGCUCCUCUAUUUAGCGUCUGUCAUAUUAGGCAUCGAUGGGACACUUCGUUUCCUUAAUGGGGAUGAGGACUUUACUGAAGGGGAGAUGGACGAGGACGUCGGGCCUGGGGACCGCUAUGUGUUUUGCUUCGACGGAGAAGCGAGGUUCUUAGAUUAUCUGUUGAGAACCACCCGUCAUGAUCGAAGUUCAUCUACCUCUACUCGUUCUCGUGUUGUACCGAGCGAGCUGAAGGAAUACUAUGGUGGUUGCCCGUUUUCUCAUUUGCCGCCGGGUAUCUGCGAAGCGUGUCACCUCAUACCGUUCACAAAGGGCGACGAUUAUCUCCACAGACUCCUUGCAAGUCGUGGCGAGCCCGACGAUACUAUGACUAUUGACGACUAUCAGAAUCAGAUAGUGAUGCGUAGAGACCUUCAUGCCGGCUUUGAUCGUGAGAAGUGUGUCGCAUUCCUUAAAACUCCGAACAAGUUCUUUAAGACCAACGAAGUGCCAGGCGGAGAGAAUGCUCUGCCAGACACUUACCGCGUCACAGUCCACUGCUUUCUGGAAAGUGAGGAGCAACGUGUCGGCCUGAAUCAUAAUGCCUAUUCCUCCAUGACAAAAGAUUGUGGGUCAGGUAAUCCUACAGCAAGCAGAACGACUAUCGCGGAGUACCUUCCUAAAGACAUCUUGCUGGACGUCACUUAUGCCUCUGCUGUGAUUAAUAACUUCGGCACUCCAGAAGCAAAGAAGAUGCUAGAAAAGAACGCGCAUGACUAUUAUCCUGAUGGUAUUGUCAAAAGAGGUGAAGAUAGGGAAGGAAAGGCGGAAAAGGAGCAGAGAAAACGCAAAUACGAAGGAGAGAAUCAAGGACGCAGUGAAAGGGUUGUUCGACGAUCAAGAAGUGGGAACAAUGAUGGCGAUCAUGCGGACGGGAAUGGAAGACAAUUCGACUUCUGGGACGGGUUUUUCGCAAUGCAGUUGAUGAUUCAUGGUAUUCGGCCCGAAGACAUUGAAGCAGAGGAAGAGCGACGCAGGAGAGAGACAGAGGAGUUGAAUGCACAGAGAAUUGCUAGAUGGCGGAAGACUGUUGAUGAGAGCUCUAUAUAGACUCAAUACGAGCAGCAUGGAAGAAACCUAAAUGUCGCAAAUGAAAAUCGAAGGAAAGUGGUGGUAAAUGAACGCUUGGCACAGUCAACAGUCUCACACAAUGUUUGUUCUUCUUCAUGUGUCGCCUCGGACCUACUUUGCUUCUUGCCUUUUCGCAAAAGCAUUGGCUUGAGAGUAUGGAUGUGAUGACAGAACUGGUGGAGGUGGUGGUGGGACAACACCCAGUGAAGGAGGGAGUGGCGAACUGAUUGCAGAUUUAUAUCCAGGUUCUUUUACAGUACAGUUAAAUUUCUUUGUAUUGUGUAAG